GUUUGCGGAAGAGCGUCGGGAGCGAUGUCCGGUCGCGGGAAGCAGGGCGGGAAGGCGCGGGCCAAGGCCAAGUCGCGCUCGUCGCGGGCCGGGCUGCAGUUCCCCGUGGGCCGCGUGCACCGGCUGCUGCGCAAGGGCAACUACGCGGAGCGGGUGGGCGCCGGCGCCCCGGUGUACCUGGCGGCCGUGCUGGAGUACCUGACGGCCGAGAUCCUGGAGCUGGCGGGCAACGCGGCCCGCGACAACAAGAAGACGCGCAUCAUCCCCCGCCACCUGCAGCUGGCCAUCCGCAACGACGAGGAGCUCAACAAGCUGCUGGGCAAGGUGACCAUCGCGCAGGGCGGGGUGCUGCCCAACAUCCAGGCCGUGCUGCUGCCCAAGAAGACCGACAGCCACAAGGCAAAGAGCAAGUAAAGCUGGAGGAGCAUUCCCACCUCAAAAAUAACCCAAAGGCUCUUUUUAGAGCCACCCACUUCCUCAUAAAAGGAGCUGUGGAUCCUAGAAAGAAAAAAAAAAACAACCAAUUUUUUCUAAUGUUUAUUUUUAAAAAUGAAAUAAUUCUGUUCUUUAAAAUUUGGAGUUUUAGCAUUACAAAAUAAAAUGUUAACUGCUUGUAAGUGCAUACUA